AUGACAGAAAAUAAUAUUAAUGAAUUUAUAGAUAUUAAAAAUUUCGAAAAUGAUAUUUCAAAUAUAUUAACACAAUCAACAUUUUCUAAAAAGAAAUCAUUAGAUCGUUUAAAUCAAAAUUUAGAAUCUAUUAGACAAGAUAAUGAUAAACUAUUGGCAUUAAAUAACUGUAUAUUUUCAAAUGAUUAUAAAAUAUACAAUAUACUUGUUAAUUUAUUAAAUGAUAGUUUAGAAAAAUCAAAAACAAUAUCAUUAAACUAUUUAUUGGAAGUUAAAAUACCAGAUGAAUUAAUCAAUAAUUUAAUAUUUCAAUUAGAUACAAAUAUUAAAAAUGAAGAUGUAGAAGAAAUUAAUUUUUUAAUUACAAAGUUAUUAAAUUCAAUUGUAAAUAAUUCAAAUGAAAAUAUAGUUUCGAUGAACUGUGACAAGUUAUGCAAAAUUAUUAAACAAACACUAAACCAUAGCUCACCAGAUCAAAAAGAAAUUACAGCAAAGUUAAUUCAAGUAUUGGCAGAUAAAGUACCAAAUCGUAUAAUAUACUUUUCAUCAGAAUUAAUUGUGCCAUUAAUUUCAAAUAUGAGCAACCGACAACAAAGAGUUAGAUUAGAAUCAUUAAAUGCACUAACAUCACUUGCACUAAGCGGAUCAGUUAAAAUCAUCGAUACUUUAGAGCAACAUUUAUUGGUACUAGCCAAUGACAACUCACCUACAGUUAGAGCUGCACUUUGUGUCUCUAUUGAAAAAUGGUCCACUAGAAUCCCAACUUCAAUUCAAUACUAUGAGUUUUUACUACCAAUUUUAAUUGGCUUGUCAGUUUCUGAUAUUAUAGUAGUUCGUAAUUCUGCAAUAGAUUCUUUAAACUCGAUCUCUGCAUUCUAUCAAGCAGAAAGAUCCUUUGGCAACAUUGACGAAAAUACAAUCAAAUGCUUUGGUUCAUUGGAUAAGCAGAUUCAAGAAAACAAAGAAUCAGUAUAUCCAAAUAUUCGUUACUAUAUUACAAACUCUGCAGGAAAUGGGGAAAAUAGUGAAUCUAAACAAAUAACAGUUGAAUCAAAGAAACUAAUUUUCCAAUUUUCUCAAGCCAUCAUGAAAAGAUACUACAGGGAUUUCCACAACCAAGAGUUGGAUCAAAAUAUUAGAGAUUUCAAGAUUAAUUUCCUUUUAGCAUUUAUUGCUUAUCUUGGUGGACCACCAACCACCCGUUUCAUAGAGGCCAUAAUCGAAAUUAUUACAGUUAGAUUCAGCGACCAUUUCGACCAAAUAACGAAAAAGGUAAAUGAAAUAAUAUACAUUUUAGGUUUGAUCAAUAUUGAUGAAAAAACCUUUGUCAAUAGAAUUAUUGAUAGAAUUAAAACUCAAAUUACAGCUCAAGAAUCAGAUACCAUUGAUAUUCAACUGCUCCAAAUCUGUAUAUUAGUAUUGAAAAAAUUCUAUUCGUCCCACUUAAUCAAUGGUCAAAUCAACAACAUCCUAAAUAUCAGCACUUUGCCAUCACCAAGUCCAUUCACUUUAUUAAUAGAUCAAAUGAAGCAAAUCAUUUUUAAAAAUAUUUCAUUAAAUCCAUUUAUCAAAGAAUUUAUUUCAUUUUUUAAUCAAAUUUUCACUGUCAACAGCAAUAUAAUCAUAAAUAUUGAUGAUGGCAGCUUAAAUAGUUUAUGUAAAUUUUUAAUUUUAUUGGAUUUAAAUGGCAAUUGUGAUAAUACCACUCUCUUUAAUUUAAUUUCAAGCAAAUGUGGUUUUUCAGAUUAUUUACAACUUUUAGAAAAGAAUUGUGGCCAUUUAAUCAAAGAAAUUUCAAGUAAAGAUAAAAAUCAAUUACAAAAACAAAAAUCACAUCUUUUAAUUUUAAAUUAUUUAUUGGCAAAAUUACCAUCAAAUAUAAGUGAUCAAUAUGUCGAUCAAAUAAAUUUAAUAAAGAAAUAA